AAUUUAAAUUUGUUAAGAAUUAGUGCUUCUCAGAUGGUAUGUGACGUACAAGUUUACAUCCAUAUUGGGAGAACUUCCGGAGCGUCAGACAGAUUUUUUUUUUUUCGUCAGUCAAAUAAAUACAUAUCAUCUGGUCAGUGCUGUUUCUGUCCUGCUCCUACAUGAUGUCGUCUUUUGGGUUUCUCCUAGUGGUCGUAACGGCGUUUCUCAGCCCCGGAGACUCUAUGUUCAUCAAAGACCCUGUGGUAUUCAUUAAAGACACUUCUCUGGGCAUCUGCUCAGAAUGCAGCCAGAUUAUCCAGCUGUCUGCCAACGUGAUUCCCAGCAAAGACAGUAAGGAGCAUGUAUACCAAGUCUUGCAUGCACUCUGCCAGCACCUCCCAGACAAACAGGCAUUGGAAUGUGACUUUCAGUUGAAGAUGAAUUUAUCCAAAAUCCUGCUGCAACCAUUAGGUCACGGGGAUGGGGAAGCAACCUGCUCGGCUUUUGGACUGUGUGCUGCCCACAGGGAUGAGGAAGAGAUGACACUUCCCCACGAUGAAAAUGGGGAAGAUGUCCCUGCGCUCACCAACACGCAUGAGCAGUUCAACCCGGCUUGCACCCUGUGCUUGCUCAUCAUCAAGAAACUGGAGACUCUUUUGCCCCAAAACAUGACUGAGGAUGCGUUGAUGAAGAUCAUGGACGAAGUCUGCGAUCUCCUCCCUAAGAGCUACAAGGACAAAUGUGACGACUUUGUUGGCAAAUAUGGCGUACAGAUUGUAGAGCUCCUGUUGUCGUCAGCUGCCCCUCACACCAUAUGUACACUGCUGCACGUCUGUUUGUUCAGGGACUCAACUGGCACAGAGGUGCCCGCCCCUACGGACUGCAAUUCAUGCCGUACACUGGCUGCGCUGAGCCGGCUUCAACUGGGUGUCAACGCCACAAAGCCUCAGAUGUCCUCUUUCCUGCAGUCUGUGUGUGGUCAACACCCAAAUGCUAUCCCCAAGUGCGAGUCAUUCACCAAAAUAUAUGGUGCUAGACUGCAGCAGGUGUUGGAAAAGCAGGUGGACCAUGACGACAUUUGUAAAAGCGUCGAUCUGUGUACUACAAAGAAGUCGGAGCUGGUGGGGAGCAAUCCCUGCACAUGGGGGCCGAGCUACUGGUGCAAAGACACAAACACAGCUCAGAAGUGUGGCAACACGGCCUUCUGUGAGAAGCAUGUGUGGAAGAAGUGAAUAGCUUGUAAUCAAAUACAUGCAAGUUUACACACAAUCACACACUUGCCUUUUUUUUUUUUUUGUCAAUUUUUUGCCUUCCUUAUUUGUCUGCAUGAAAACAAAUAACUAACACUCAGAAUUCAAUUGCAACCAGCACUUGUUCAGUUGUGUUUGAUCAAUGAAUAUGGAAAUGAUCUUUGUGGAUGAUCUUAAAUGUCUUUAGGUUGAAAGGCAAAGUGAAGAGCUAUAUUUGUUCUUGCUCGGAAGGGCAAAAGAAUGUUUAUUUAGAAACAACAUAAAAACACAAACAGUGGAAAAAAUACAUACGUGAUUUCGAUUUUUGGGUCGUGGAAAAAAAUGUGUUUCUGUCUUAGGCUUCUUUUUCCCACUACGCAGCAGUGUGGUUGUUCGUGUCCUUAUCACUCUCCUGUCUCUUCCAAAUCUACAAGAGAUGAAAAUGGAAUCUAUAAUCAUUUGAUGACCGAAUACUACUGCAAAUAAAUAACUUGAUUUGUUUAUCCAGUGUAGCCACAAACACAAAUUCCGGAAUGCUGGUUAACUUCCAACCUCUAGUUAUUUCAAAAGAUUCUCGGUGUUACCAUUUUAAACUCGUACAAGAGCUAAACUAAAAUAGUCUUUAAUGAUAGAACUGACUACAAAGGUCAUUUGCACCAUAGAUGUAGUGCGCCUCAGGGAUCUCACAAUUGAACAACUGUAAUCGUUUGUACAGAAGUGUAAAAUGCAAAUGAAGUUGAAGUCAACUUGAUAGGUUCCACUGGACAUUAUUUGAAUUUCAGACAAGUAAUGAUGAGACUUUCACACGCACAAUUUUUUAUCUAUUGUGCACAAUUGCAUUUGUUGAAAAAUAUAUACGCUUUCACUGUUAACAUGACUGACAUUGCUUGACUCAGCACUCGUGAAAUAAAAAUCAAAAUGACUGCAACAAA